AUGGCUCAGUCUCACGUUGAAAUUGCCAAGCAGCUCAAGCACAACUCGGAAGAGAUAAAGGAGUACUUCGAGGACCUGUAUGCGUGGCAAAGCGAAGUUAGCAAAGAGGUAGGAGGGAGCAACAGGCCUGCCGCCAAACAAGAGAAGAAGAAGGGCGAUGAUAGACAUGGGGAACAACCUUCCCAUGGGAGAUCUUCACAGGUUGUAGAUCCCAAGGGUGCCAACAUUUACGGGGGAACAAAAUGGAGACGAAAUAAUAAUGCCCUAAAGAGAGACCAGAACUCGUUGGAGAGCUACUACAAUGCGUGGGACAAACUCAAAAUAGACGAUAUAGACAAUAAUGAAGAGGGGUCAGGUGACCAUCGUGGGGGCUGCAGUGGGGUAACACCAGAUGAAACGGAAAGGGGAGGACAUUCUGAGGUGGCACUUCAUAGAGCGAAGAAGACGGAAGAAUUAGCCCCUACCGUUGAGACGGAAAGAAGCAAAAAUACAAACAUCUGCAACGAUAGCUGCGGAAAAGGACAAACAGAAGAUGGAACAAAUGAACGUACCAAUUGUGUCCUAAACACAGGAAUGGAAGAAGACCGGUUAGUGAAUGUCCGAUCCAAAGUGCAUGACAUGUACCUCUCCAAAAACGAAGAAGGAAAAAUAAACUACCAAAACAAAAGGUACAGUAAAUGCUUAGAAAAUUACAAUGACCUAAUUAGCUACAUCGACUUCGAACUAAGCAACAAUAAUAUAUUUUUACAGAUCGAACAAAACCUAGAUAAUGAAUUAUACCUAGAUGUACUCUCCCAGAAGAAGCAAAAAUUUCUGAACAAAAAUAUUGAACAGUUAAGUAUUCUUAGGACAAAAGUUCUUGUAAACAGAUCAUUAGUGUAUCAGAGGUUGUCUUCCUAUUUCGAAAGCAUCAAUGAUUGUUCUUCCAUAAUUUUAUUUUACAAUUAUUUUUUGCCUGAGCUUAGAAAUUGUGCUAGCUAUUGCAUAGGGAAGAAUUCCCUCACGGUGAAUGUUAAGUAUGUCCUUUUCAAGGCAUACUACUUAAGGGGCAUGGCAAGAUAUAAGCUAAAAAUUUACAAAUCUUCCCUUAAGGACUUUAAAUUCUCCAAAGAAUGUGCAAAGGAUAUGAACUGCUGUUCCAGUCUGAACAUUGAGAAGUCAAUUCAGCUGCUACAAAAUGUGAUAACACAAAAUGAUGCUAAAAGACGGGCGAGGAGGCAAGCUGAAUACACAUCUACCCUUUUGGAGAGAUACAAAUUGAAGCCCAGACUGUUAACUAUUCAAGUUAUAUCCAAAGAGCACACUGAGGAUGUGAUCCCCUUGGAAAAUAAUACCAAUGGUGUCAAGUGCCUCACGGGGGUGUCAAAUGCGGAGGAGCCCAAUACGGGGUGUGCAUCUGGGGGGUGGAAUUUCCCUUGUGAGGAAAAGAAAUACCUACAACAUUUCGCUCAAGGGGUAAACCCUCCAGAGGUGCAUGAUGGGGGGAACGCCCCGGUGGAAAAAAACAGAAACGUUGAAGCGCCGUCUGAUCGAAAGCACAACAAUGUGGGAAAUGGAAAUAAGGACAUCGAAAGGGAUAGUCACCACGACACGGAUAGCAGCCUCACCCUGAGCGAGUGUACCGCACUGAGCGACGUGGAAGAAACGAAACCACCCCUCCUCACCAUGUCCACGGAAGCAAACCUCGGGAAGAACAAAAUUAAAAAUAAGAUAAGCUUCGAGCUCCUUUGGAAUUCAAAUGAAAUAAAAAGCAACUUCAAAAAACAAAUCGAUAUUCUCAAAACUGCUUUUUUGGAAGAAGACAUAUUCGAGUUCAACCUCGAUAAGGACAUUUACGUAGAUAUACUCGACUCCCUCUUUAAAAAUAACUUCCUGUCCUUGUUUGAAAAUGUGGAUAACGAGGAGGGCAUAAAAAUAAAGUUGCAGAGAGGCGCUUCCGCAGGGCUUUCCCCCAAUGUUGAUGGGGAAACAAAUAAAACUGCCCAGUCAGCUUCGAACGGCGAAUUGGCGCAUGUACAAGAAAGGGAAGAUGAGGGAGAAUUGCUAAACUGUGCCGAGUGCGUGGUGCUCAUAGACAUAUUGUUCAUCCUCACCAAUGGUGGAAAGGAAAACUAUGUCCUCCUCUUUGUCGACAAGAAGGAAAGAACAUUGUUGCUAACGUUUUACAACUUUAUUUUGAAGUAUACAAAUGUGUUCCUCUGCAAUGAAAACUGCCUAAGGGAGAAGACUCUUCUGUUGAAGGGGUUGCUCGAAAGGAUAUCUUAA